AUGGCCUCUCUCCAGGGUCCGCGACGACGCAACAAUACCAAGAGCAAGAGCAAGGCGAAACCUAAGGCGCCGUCAUCUCUGAAAUCGACCCGGCCACCCCUCCUCCUCGGCUCUACUAGGGCACAGCCGACAAAGACGACAAAGACGGCGGUACCCACGGCAGCGGCAGCGGCAGCGGCAGCACCUCUGUCCCUCUCGUCAAAACACACCCGCACCCUGAUCAACACGCACCAUUUACUCCAGAAGCGGCUCGCGCGUGCCCGCGCGCGCGACGACGUCGACGAGGUCCGUCAGAUCGAGGCCCAGAUCGCCGCCCAGGGCGGCCUGAAGUCGUACCAGCUUGCGAGCCGGACGGGCCAGAGCGCCGAGCGUGGAGGUGAUUCCAGCCGUGUGUUGGUCCGUUGGCUGGAGCGGGAACUUGAUUCGCGCAAGGAUGCUUUGCGCCGGUCGCGGCGUGAGAGACGCGUGAAGGAGGGGAGGGUGUCGAGGACGCAGAAACCCCGGCGGCGGGAGCACCAAGAUGAUGAUGACGACGAAGAUGGGGACGAAGGUGAGGAUGAGGGUGAGGGCGAGGCAGACGACUCGAAUGGCUAUGGGAAUGAUGGGCAUGCUCUAGGCACCCAUGGGACCCCAGCGAACGUGUCCCCGAUCAGAAUCCUCGAGAUCGGGGCGCUGAGCACGCAAAACGCCCUCAACGUCAAGGGCGUCACGCGCGUGAGGCGCAUCGAUCUACGCAGCACGGCCGAGGGCAUCGAGGAGAUGGACUUUAUGCAGCUCCCGCUUCCCGGCGAAGGCGUCGCACGCAAUAACAGCAGCAAAGGCGCAGUGAGGGACGGCGAGCAGCCACCACAAGAGGGAGAAGGAGACAGAGAAGGAGAGGGAUAUUACGACGUGCUCAGUCUUAGUCUGGUGUUGAACUACGUGCCGGACGCGAGACAGCGGGGGGCGAUGCUGAAGCGCACGACGUUGUUCUUUGCGCCACCGUCAUCGUCAUCGUCACCAUCACCAUCACCAUCACACUCGCACUGCAAAUCACCAUCAUCAUCACCAUCGUCACACUCUGAACCACACUCCAACUCCCACUCACAACCUCCUGCUCCAACACCAGUGCCAACACAACUCCUCCCAUGCCUCUUCCUCGUCCUGCCCUUGCCCUGCCUCCACAACAGCCGCUACCUCACACCACCACACCUCGCCGCCAUCCUCAACUCGCUGGGCUACCGACACCUGCACACAAAGACGACGCGCAAGCUGCACUACAGCCUCUGGCGCUUCGACGGGCCCAGGGCCCGAGACGAGUGGACCCAUGGUGGCGGCGACACCGUGUUCAAAAAGAGAGAGAUCAACCCCGGAGGGGGCAGGAAUAAUUUCUGUAUCGUGCUGGAAUGA